ACUCUCAUAUUUUCUGUCAAAAUUGUGCUUCCUCAAUUUUCCACUCAAUAUUUUUGUCGCUCCAGUUUUUACGCACUGAAGGCUACUCAUCAUCCCUUUAUAAAUUUUUCUGCUCAUCACCCUCUCUAUACAUCUCCAUAUCCAUGCAUCAUCUGUAAUCAUUUUACCAUUUUCAUUUCCCUGUCAUCUCAUCCUAUUUGUGCUUAUUCUUUUCCAUCUUUCUAUCAUUUCACUCUGUCUUGUUGUCAUCUGUUUAUCUCCUCUCCACUGUUUAUUUACAUAGAAUCCACUGUUCUUUUCUUUUUUGUUCUUUCUCUAAUGGAGGCAGAGGCACUUUACAAUUUCAGAGCGACAGAAUGUGAUGAGCUCAGUUUCCAGAAGGGUGACAUCCUAAAGGUGACAAACAUGGACGAUGAUCCAAACUGGUACACAGCAGAGCUGUUGGGCAGGCGGGGCUAUGUACCGAAGAACUAUAUCAAUGUAAGACCACACUCGUGGUUUGUGGGCGGAAUAUCACGACAAGAGGCAGAAAACCGCCUAAGGCCACUGGAGUAUGGAGCGUUUCUCAUGAGGGAGAGCGAGAGCACUCCAGGAGAAUUCUCCGUGUCUGUCAGUUACGGGGACCAUGUGCAGCACUUUAAGGUUUUGAAAGACGGGCUAGGACAGUACUUUGUAUGGGACGAAGUCUUUAGCUCCCUCAACCAGCUGGUGGAUUUCUACAGAAUCAACAGCAUUGCCAAAGAAAGGACUGUCUUCCUACAAGAGCCUGAGGUUUCACUAGCUAGGCCACGUCAUGCUCAUGCCCUCUUUGACUUUACACCUCACCAUGUGACCCAUCUGCGUUUCCUGCACGGUGAUGUCAUCGACUUGCUCGAUUGUUCAGAUGCUCAGUGCUGGAGGGGGCGGUGCCGUGGCAGAGUGGGCGUGUUCCCACCAGAGUAUGUGCAGCCCAUUUACCACUGAAGUCCAGUCAGUCGCCAUCUGUUUUGUCAUCUGUAAAUGACUACUUUCAAACUCACUUAUGUUCAUUCCUUCCUGUAUUAUGUGUUCACUUCAUAAAUCAAACUAAGCCUUAUAUAUGUCAAGCCUUGACUAAGGUUUGGAGUAACAGGCUUGAUACAGGUGAUGAUCAAUAUUAGAAUUUAGCUGAUGUGCUAAGGUCAGCAUUUGUCUAUUAACCUAUUUGUUACUAAUAUUCAGCAGUGUGGGUGAAGGUAUUCAUGAAACUGCAUGAGAAAAUGUAAUGAAGUAAUUAAAGAAACGUUGCUGACCGUAGAAGCUAUUUUAGGGUGAUGCAAUAUGUCUUUUUUUUUUUAUGUGAUUUGAUGUUUGAUUGAUUUAACAGGUCAAUGUAUACUGAAGACCACCAAUAAAACUAUAAAUCACUGUCAUUUAUUAAAACAAGCUAAAAACAUAGUGAUGAACUGCAACAUUUAACAAAACAUUAUUUUAUUUUUUAAAAUUACUUUAAGAAAUGUUAUAACAUUUUUGUAAUGUCACACAGAUGUCUACGCAGGAGAACUGGUGAAUCAUUUUUUGAACCAGUUCAUUUAAUGAACAAACUGAUUCACAAACAGUCUGAAUAAACUGAUUCACAAAAAUGUAUUAAACUUCCCAGUUCUUCAUUUGGGAGAGAAAGUGGCCAUGUCUGAAGAACGCCUUUGAUUACUGCCCUUAGUUCGCUUGGCUGUAAAGUUGCAUGCGCAACAGCAAAAAUAGCGAUUUCGACUUUUGUGAGGCUACACCGCUACUGACUGGAAACAUUGGCUUGUUACUGGAUGAACUACACUAUUUUAAAAAGAGCUAAGCUUCUGAAGUUAAUGUGUUUCUACUUUUAGUUAGUGACUCCCCAACACUGAUUUUCAGCCAAUGAGAAAGCAAUUUUGACUUGUCAACAAGCUUGUUUGAAGCACUCAUAUGGAACAGAACAAUUGCCCUUUCAGUAACUUAACAUUUAAUCAUUA